AGCUUAGCUAACGAUGAGGGGUCUGUUUUCCCCCUGGUAUAUGACAAAACUAAUAUGCUUCUCCUGGAUGAGCCUGUUCUUUAUGAAGGGUUGUGAUGCAAGAGUUCUGGAGAAGACAUUUGAACAAUGGAUGAGGUAUAAGGACGAGUGCUUGAAGAAGAUGGCAAGUGAUCCAUAUCCUUCAGGGCUGUUUUGCAACCGCACAUUUGACAUGUAUGCGUGCUGGCCAGAUGGGAGCCCAGGAGCGACUGUCAGUGUCUCCUGCCCUUUCUAUCUUCCCUGGUAUGAGAAAGUGAAGCAUGGGCUGGUGAGUCGCAAGUGUGGAGCGGACGGCCACUGGGUGGUGCUGAAUGGGACAGAGCUCUGGAGGGACCAUUCCCAGUGCAAAGAGGAGGUGGAAGGGGCCGCUGGAGAGGAAGGAGCCCACCGCCUGAUGGUCAGCUUCAAAGUCCUCUACACAGUCGGCUACUCCCUGUCGCUGCUGGCCCUGGCCUUGGCUCUUCUCAUCCUGACUGUCUUCAGGAAGCUUCGCUGCACUCGGAACUACAUCCACGCGAACCUUUUUGCCUCCUUUGGGCUACGAGCCGUCUCUGUAAUUGUGAAGGAUGCAUUGCUGGAAAAGAAGUGGAGAAGAGAGACCUUCCAGGUGUCCGACUGGGAGGACUUGCUGAGCCAUGAGGCUGCGAUUGGUUGCCGAGUGGCUCAAGUUGUGAUGCAGUACUGUAUUCUGGCCAAUCACUACUGGUUUCUUGUGGAGGCGGUCUACUUGUACAAGCUUCUGAUUGGGGCUGUGUUCUCAGAGAAGAAUUACUACACCCUCUAUUUGUACCUCGGCUGGGGAACCCCUGUGGCCUUUGUGGUGCCGUGGAUGGCUGCCAAGUACCUGAAGGAGAAUGCAGAGUGCUGGGCGUUGAACGAGAACAUGACUUACUGGUGGAUCAUCCGCGUCCCUAUUUUGCUAGCAUCUGUGAUCAACCUGCUGAUCUUCAUGCAGAUCCUCAAAGUGAUCCUGGCCAAGCUGCGAGCCAGUCAGAAGGGCUACGCAGACUACAAGCUGCGGUUAGCCAAAGCCACCCUCACCCUCAUCCCUCUCUUUGGGAUUCACGAAGUGGUCUUCAUUUUUGCCACUGACGAGCAGACUACAGGAGUCCUGCGCUACAUCAAGGUUUUCUUCACCCUCUUCCUCAGCUCCUUUCAGGGAUUCCUGGUUGCUGUAUUGUACUGCUUUGCAAAUAAGGAGGUGAAAUCAGAAAUGAAGAAGAAAUGGCAGCUCUGGAAACUGGACCAUCCUGCCCUCUGCUGCAGCCAGUGAGGGUGGGAAUUGGUCAAGACAAAGACAGGCAUGUGCAGAAGCCGUCCAGGUGGGCCUUAAGACAACUGCUGAUGCUGUGCCUUGCAUCGUGGGCAGCCAAGGAACGCUCUGGGACGAUGGUGGCGGCUGCGUAGUUGCAGCUCUGUUGGAGAGCCACAGGCAACUUUCUGAACAAAUGGGGGCGGAAGUUACUUUUACCAGUCGAGCAAACAUGGAAAAUGGGCAGCGCUGAGCUGGAGCACCAGGAGGAUGAGAAGCCAGCUAUGAAAGGACGUCAGGGAGGGCUGGAGAGCCUGGUGGAGGGUUUGCCUCGCCUGGGUGGGAUAGGCUGCAGAAGGAACCCUGAAGCUCCAAGAACAGAGGGAUGUGCAUGUGCGUAUCAUGCAUCUGAAUGAACUCAGGAUUCAGCUAUGGAAGGACUGCAGUGCAUCAUGGGAGAGACCAAGGGCCUUCAUCUUGCCUUCUGCUCCCUGAUCCCAUCGUGCACCAGCUGCUAGCUACCCUCAUGCCUUUCGUACAUGUAUUCAGUACUAGAGCAACACAACCGCUUGGCUCCUGGUCUACAGGCUUCUAGGCCAAGUUCAACAAGGCAUGCAAGUGCAAGCAAAGGAAAGGGGGGGACACCAUCCUACUCAGUUUUGCUUCUGAAGACGCAGGAGGUAAGAAGCCGGUCUUGAACAUCUCGGGUGACCUACUAGCUCUCUGCUCAACGCAUUGGCCAAUGGACCGUGUCAGCCAACUGUGUCAACUGUCCCCCUUCCCUGUGGCUAAGCCCCACACAGCAGUCGCACAACUAAAAGUUUGGCUCCGAAGAGGACUUUUGGGGAAGGAAGAGGCUGGCACUCCUCCCACCGCUGUUGCCCGAAGCCAUCAUGCUCACUGAAAGGCAAAAGCUUCUGGUGCCUUGGUUCCUAAAGGCUGGCUGUUACCAGGGGGGAGAUUCUCAGUAAUUUCCCUGCACAUUCUAACCUCCUUGGGCCUCGCACAAGCAGCCGUGGAUGCACUUUGCAUCUAAAAGAGCUGUUACCGGCAGCUUUCUCAAGGCAGCCUUCUCAUUCUGCCUUUGUGGAAAUAGGAAUGUUUUUCUGUGGCUGCUGCCCAGUAGGUGUGAUGCUGUGAUUAUUCAUACUGCACCAUCUACGCAGAGAUGGGUGCUUUACAAAGCACAGGCAGGUCCUUGGCGCAAGGGUAUUACCAGCAAAAUAGACACAGAGAAGCAACACAGGGAAGGGGGGAAAUAGAACUCGGCGAAGAAGUGAUAGUUUCAGUUUGGCUUAGUUAUAGUAAGGCAGUUGUGGGGAACCUUUUGGCCUUCCAGAUGUUGCCGAACUACACCUCCCAUCAGCCCCAGCAAGCAUGGCCAGGGAUCACGGGACUUCCAGUUCAGCAACAGCCAGACAGCCCACGGCUCCUUGCAUUUGCAUUAGACGCAUCUUUAGAUCAGGGAUGGGUGACCACAGAUGUCGCUGGACUCCAACUCCCAGUGGCCAGGGAUGAUGGGAGUUGAAGGUCAGCAACAGCUUGAGGGCCAAAGAUCCCCACACCUGCAGUAAGGCAUAGGGAGUUUGUGUAUAGGGAAUUAUCCACAGGUUUUUAUCAGAAAAGGUAUGCUUUCAGAAAUGAGCAUGUUCUGAACGGAGGGGCUGAAUUGUGCCUUAUUAAGCCGCUGUGCUGGAUGUAGCUACUGCCCUUUACCUAUACAGCAUUUACUCCGCCUCUCUGGCCAGAUGACUCCAAGGGGUGCAGGCAGUACCAUGGACCCCUUCCAGAGAAGGAAUAAGGACAGCUGAACUGAACCCAUUUACAAUGUUGAGGGACUCGCAGAAACAACAUCGCUGAUGUGAGCUAGGCUAUAUCUUGGAGUUGGCAAUGCUGCUAAACAUAGAGAAGACCAAUGUCCCUUUACUUCUAACGUGCGUGUGGGGGGGAACCCAUGACCCAGCUCAUGGAAAGUUUGGAAAACACCGCUCUGCACAAACUCAGGCCAAGUGGACAGCUCCCUUUGGAUGUACCUUUCUUCGCAGAAGAUCCA